AUGGGGCAUGACUGGGGUUGGUUGGAUUCUGAACAAGACUAUCCCAAUGACUCUGAGUUGAGCAAUGACUGCAGGUCCCUCUUCAGCUCAUGGGACUCCAGUUUUGAUCUUGAUGUGGGCAGCUGGAGGGAACCUGAGGAGCCAGGGGCUGAGGAACUAGAGGAAAGCAGCCCAGGGAGAGAAGCUAGUGAGCUGCUUGUGAGGGACGGAGGCAGUGAGGAAUCUCAGGAAGAGGCAGAGCAAGUCAGCCGCCAGAACCUCCUCUUUCUCUCUGAGGUAGCUUAUUUAAUGGAGCCGUUGUGCAUUAGCAGCAAAGAAUCAAGUGAAGGCUGUUGCCCUUCAUCUGCUACCAGACAAGAGGCAAGGGAAAUUGAAGCUACUAAAGGAGAGGGGGAGCCCUACAGAGAACCUGAAGAACUUUCAGCCAAGGAAGACCCCUUAGUCGCUGAGAAGUCAUCACUGGGAGAAAAUGGAAGGCCAGUGGUGACUCGACCUCCCUCAGAUAUUUCGGCACUUCAGGAACAAUCCAUAGAGAGCGAAGAGCGGGGAGUUCAGCAAGAAUCCAAAGAGGAGGACCAGGUUGAAUGGUAUGUAUCAGAAAUGGAGGAUCAGCGUUCUUCAGGUGAGUGUGAUGAUGGCUACAGCAUCCAGGAGACUCCUCUGGUGGAUAUCCUUUUCAGUCAUGCUGCCUCCUCAAAGCCGUCUGAUCGAUGCCAUGGUGAUCCUGUUCAGGAUCACUUGCUAUUUAAGAAGACUCUCCUGCCAGUCUGGAAGAUGAUAGCCAGUCACAGGUUCAGCAGCCCGUUUCUGAAGCCUGUGUCAGAAAGGCAGGCCCCAGGAUACAAGGAUGUGGUGAAAAGACCCAUGGACUUAACUAGCCUGAAAAGGAAUCUGUCCAAGGGACGGAUUCGCACCAUGGCUCAGUUCCAACGGGACCUGAUGCUGAUGUUCCAAAAUGCUGUGAUGUACAAUGACUCUGAUCAUCAUGUAUACCAUAUGGCUGUGGAGAUGCAGCGAGAAGUCUUGGAGCAGAUUCAGGUGCUGAGUAUUUGGUUAGACAAAAGAAGAGACUUAAAUAGUCUGGAAUGA